GGCGAUGGUGACUGGGCAGCGGCGCGGGGCCGGGGCCUGGGCAGCGAGGCUCGGCGGCCUCUUUCUUUCUCUGCCCCCGCCCCUCUCUCUCCUUCCUCCUUGCUAGCCCCGCCGGCGGCGGCCGAGGUCGGCGCUCCCGCCUCGUCUCCUCCCCCACCCGGGGACCCUCUCUUCUCCCCUCCCUCGCCCGCUCCUCCCGCCGCCGCCGCCGCCGCCUCCCUCCCCGAGCGGCUGGCUGCGAGGAGGCGUAACGGAAAGCCCCGGAGGGGGAAGGCUGCGAGCUCAGCGCCGGAGACGCGGAGCCGGGGCCGGGUAAACUGGGAAGCGGACUCUUGAAUUCACAGCUGGCUCGUGGUUUUUGCAUCUCGUUCAAGUGCACUCACACAGGAACAGAAGAAGGAGGAGGAGGAGAACGAUACAGAUUCUUCCAAGAGAAGGGAGAGAAAAGUAGUGGUUAAUAGAUAGUUCUCCGCACCAGCCACCAGCUGGCACCAUCCCUCAAGGCAACCUCGUUUCUUUCUGAAGGGGAGCAAAGGACCAGGGUGGGCCAGACAAGACAAGGUGGCAUUUUUCUGAAGUUGUUCAUUGAGACUUACCAGCAUUCCUACAGAUAGAAUAGGUGCGGCGGCGCGCGGAGCUCUGACAUGGCAGCAUGACGGCCCGGGCCCGCGCUGCCAGAGGCCGGCCAGAAGGAGCCCCAGGCUGUGGGAGUGAGCGCCCGGAGCAGCGACUUCCCUCUGCGGCCCCCUGAGCCUCCGCCCCCUCCGGCUGCUUUUAUUGUUCACCCCGUGGACUCCCGACUUUCCCGCCUGGAACAUCAAUAUGUGUCAUGUUAUUGUCACCUGUCGCUCGAUGCUCUGGACCCUCCUGAGUAUUGUGGUGGCUUUUGCAGAGCUCAUCGCCUUCAUGAGCGCCGACUGGCUAAUUGGAAAAGCCAAGAGUCGCGGCGGCGGCGGCGCCGAGCCCGACGACCGGAGCGGAGGCUCCUCGGAGCCCUACCACCCGACCCUGGGCAUCUAUGCCCGCUGCAUCCGCAACCCGGGCAUGCAGCACGUGCAGCGGGAGACGCUGUGCGGGCCCUACGCAGAGACCUUCGGCGAGAUCGCCAGUGGCUUCUGGCAGGCCACGGCUAUCUUCUUGGCCGUGGGGAUCUUCAUUCUCUGCAUGGUGGCCUUGGUGUCCGUCUUCACCAUGUGUGUGCAGAGCAUCAUGAAGAAAAGUAUCUUCAACGUCUGCGGGCUACUGCAAGGCAUCGCAGGACUGUUCCUUAUCCUGGGUUUGAUACUCUACCCUGCUGGCUGGGGCUGCCAGAAGGCCAUAGGCUACUGUGGACACUAUGCAUCGGCCUAUAAACCCGGAGACUGCUCCUUGGGCUGGGCCUUUUACACCGCCAUCGGAGGCACAGUCCUCACCUUCAUCUGUGCCGUCUUUUCCGCACAAGCAGAAAUUGCAACCUCCAGUGACAAAGUACAGGAAGAAAUCGAAGAGGGGAAAAGCCUUAUAUGCCUCCUUUAGUUUGGAAGAGACACAAAUGCCACUUUCUUCCUGUGGUAACCUUGUGAAAUAGUACCCCUCUGAUUUCAUCAUCUGAGUCAAGUGAAGAACUUGCCUUUAUCUCCCAAAGCCUACAUUCCACAGCCCUGAGCCUUAACAGGACGAGUGAGAGGCAACAUCCAGCUAAGUGACGGCACUCGAGGACCACAGUGCAAGCUGUCAGAGAUGGAAUAUAAAAAUACUGCACCAAGACUGACAUGAAGUUGACAAGUCUGUCUGACUCCCAUCUCCCCCCAGGCUCAACGAAGGAGAAUGAUCUAAGCCAUUAAGGACGCAGUUCCUCUGAUAACAGAGGAGAUUGCGAGCUAGAUUUUCACCCUAUUUUGAGAUGUGUUUCUGCCACAAGGCUGCAUGCCUGUGAGCAUCUCUGCCUCAGAAUGAGGUUUGGGGGUUGGUGUUUUUGUCGCCUCCUAGUUCUUCCAUGUUUUCUCAGAGACUCAAAUGAAGACUGCAUACUUACUGGGGAUAGGAUGUGUGCUUGAGGGCCUAAUAGGACACUGCCUCUUAAUUAGCUGACCGAGGGGUGAGCAGGUCAGUGUGGAAUGCUGUUAUGGGACUUACUUAGGCUGAAUUCCAGGGUAAGGUAGAUCGAUUAAACUGUACUUCCAAGAUUUUAGAAAUUUGAAGGAAGGAAGGAAUAAGGACCUAUAUGAACAAGAGCAUAAAAGAAGAAAAUCCUGCUAGUGAAGACAAAUUCAUUCCACUUCCCAGCAGUCAGACUAGCACCAGCACUGGCCCAGUGUCUUCUUCCAGUGGAGAUCACGUGUUUUUCUCCUAGGGUUAGGACUGAGCUUUGACUGCCAAGGAAACCUCACCGUUUCCUCAUUCCAGGAACAGAGAUCUCCAGGCCAGCUGUGGCUCAUUCAGAUGUUCAGUGGGAAAACUUGCCAGAAUCUCAGCACUUAUGGGGAGACCUUUUCCCACUCUUUGGUAACCAUGUGGUAGUCAGCUGUAUUUCCAACCCCAGCAGCAAGUGAAUGACAUUCUUUGCAGGAAAAAAAGAGCUAGUCAUAGGAGUUAAGUUUCCCCAGUUUCUGGUAUUGAUCCUGAAAGCAGACCAAAGUAACAUUAAAAUUACUGCAAUGGGUGAUUUGCAUCAAAGGCCUCAUACCCAGAAAAGCACAGAGUAGAAAGUUAAUGCAAAAACGAGAGCUAACCCGAGCUUAAAGCGCCUGCCUAUAACUGUUUACAAAAAUAAUGGACCACCACUAUUAAAAGGAUUCAGGAGAUUUGAAUCUUAGUUUCUAUAAAUUGUCAAUAAAAUUGAUUCAUAAGCAUGGUAUUAGCCAUCACUUCAAAUUUACUUUGGAAUGAUCUCAGUGGCAAGAACCCGGUUGGGUACUGCCCCAAGCUUCAGAACUGCAGAACGAGAGAGAAAUUUAAGCAAGUGGAGUUGGAGCUGUGAGACUUCUGGAACAGUUAAAAGAAUAGGUCUAUUUGGGUUUAUGAAUCUGCUCACAUGAGAACGGGCUUUGUUUUGAAAGCUUAACAUAUAAUUUACUCUGCACCUGCUCUGUGUAAGGUGUUGUAUUGUAAGUGCCACGAGGCAUAGAACCAUGAUUCAGAUUUGACAAGCUUGUCCCAAAGUGAAUCCUCUUCAGGCUGAUUCUAAAAACAUGCCUUGGUGCAAAACAAGUAA